AUGAACAAGAUCAUUGUCUAUGAGCAUAUUAAUUUUGAGGGUCUCAGCAAAGAGUUUACCUCCAAUGUCUCCAACUUGGUUGAGCACUUUUUCAAUGACACCAUUUCCUCUUUGAAGGUGAUUGGAAAUCCAUGGGUGGCUUACACAGAUAUCAAUUUCAGUGGCUCCCAGGCUGUCUACGAAGAAGGAGAAUACAACAGAGUGAAUCCCAAUGACAGCAUUUCAUCACUAGAGAUGAUUACAGAUGACCUGACAAAUCCUCAGAUCACACUGUAUGAACACUCGGCAUACAGAGGUAGCAGCAUUGUUCUUACCUGUGAGACAAACCUGGCCUAUGGCUCUUUCAAUGAUACAGCUUCUUCUCACAAGGUGCAGAGAGGAGCCUGGGUCCUGUAUGAGCACUCAAAUAGAGGUGGCGCUAUGAUGGUGGCCAGAGCAUCUUGUGAUGUGCCUAAGUAUGGCUGGUUCAAUGACAAAGUCUCUCAUGUGCGCCCUCUAAACCCGGGCAGGUCCAUUAUAACAGCUGAGGUCCUCUGGGGCCAGAAGGAGGAACACGUGUCAUCUGUUGUCAUUGACAUCCUGGAUGGUCGGAAUGAUACAGAUCAUGAGCAAAACUUCUCCACGGAGCUGGAUCAAGAGUACGAGCAGGCUGUCACUGAUACCUUCAGCUUCCGCAACGAAUCAAGCAUCAGUGUGGGAGCAAACUUUGAGGUGAAUGUGGGUUUAGUGAAGGCAGAGAGCAGCCUCACUUUGAGCAAUACUUUCACAGUGGAGAAAGGAAGCAGCAACACUAGAACAGAGAAGAAGGCUGUUCGUGUCAGCCUGCCAGCCAAAAUCCCUCCGCACACCAAGCUCACUUGUAUUUCAUUCCUGUUAGAUCAGAUGUAUACAAAGCUUCCAUCACAUUCCAUACUAUAUAAUAUACCCCUUCAGUCAGGUGUGUUGGAAAGGAAAAAAGAACAAAUUCAUGAGUAUAGGAGCAACUCUGGGAACUCGAUUAAUGCUGAAUUUAAGGAGCAGAAGAUCUAA